UAUGAAAAACAGAAAGUGGGGAUAGAUCUGUUAUUCAUAAUCAAAUAAACUUAUGUAGCAACGAAAAAAAUUACUUAAGAAAGUCAUUUCUAUCCUUAUACAAUUAAAAACCUAUUCAUAAUGGGUACCGUAGAAUAUGGUUUUCCAAUGAUUGGUGGUUUAAUGCCACAAAUUCAAGCUCUCAUAGCACCGCCUGUAUCUGAAGAUUCUAAAGCAGCAAAAAACAAAAAGGACAAGGAAGAAAAGAAACAUCCAUAUUUCAAAAGACGAGGUCGUGGUCAUAAUCGUGAUAUUUGUGAUGCUUGUAGAGAUGGAGGAGAACUUAUAUGCUGUGAUAAAUGUCCUGCAUCAUAUCAUUUGCAGUGCCAUUAUCCAGCUGUGGAUCCAGCAGAUAUUCCUAAUGGAGAAUGGUUGUGCUAUGCUUGUCGUUGUGCAUCUAAAAGAAACCUUCUAGAUAAUAAAGGAAAUGAAAAAAACAAAAAAAAAUCUGCUUUAGAAGUACUGGCUUUAGCAGCAUCUUUAGUUAAUCCAAGAGAAUUUGAGUUACCUAAAGAGUUGCAAUUACCCAUAAUGUUUCCUGGUAGUAAUAAAGUAGAUUAUGUUUCGGGUAGAAGAGGAAAACAACACAGUGGAACUAAUAAUGUAGGGAAAAGUCACUGUUUAGAUAACAAUUUAAUGGUGCCUCUACCAGCACGUUUAUGUUUUGAGUGUGGUCGUAGUUGCAGAAAGGCACCUUUAAUAGCAUGCGAUUAUUGUCCAUUAUAUUUUCAUCAAGACUGUUUAGACCCUCCACUCACCGCUUUUCCUAUUGGGAGGUGGAUGUGUCCUAAUCAUCCAAACCAUUUCAUAGAUCAAAAUUUAUUAACAUCAUGUAGAGUAACAGAACGUAUUAAACUUUGGGACAAGUAUGCUAAUCAACGUAUAGAUCAACAUGCAGUGAAAUUAGAUUUCUUACGUAAAGCACGAGCAACAAAUCCACUUUUUCGCACAAAAGUUAAAUUAGAAGGUCGAACGAGAAUAAAGGUUCCUUGUUCUGUAAAAUUUCAUUAUGAACAUCCACCAGAAUUAGAUCCUGUAAGAUUUUAUCAUGAUACUGUCAUAAGACCAGUAAACAAAAAUACUAAAGUACAAGAUACAGAGAACAGUGACAGUGGAGACUCUAAAGAAGAGAGUAUAGAAGUAAAACAAACGGAAGAUUUAAUGGAAAUAGAAAAAGAAGUAGAAGAAAAUAAUGAAAUAAAACAAGAAAAUAAUCAAGAAGACACAAAUAACGAGACUGAACAUAAUAAAAACGUAGGACAAGAAGAUGUAAAUGAAAAUAAAUGUAAUGACGAUAAUAGUAUCGAAUAUUAUGCAGAACAUUAUGGUUAUAAUGUAAAAGAAGGUGUACAAUUACUAGAAAGACCAGUAUUAGAAGCAUUAGCAUUACAACGGUUAGAACAAAUAUUAGAUCCAGAUGGAGAAAAUUAUGAUACAAUUAACUGCCAGACGACGGCCAGAGCCGCGUUAUUUUCUUUGAACAAGAAACCUAAACCACCAACUUUCAUGGUUCAUAAAACAUUAACUAUUGGAAGUGGUCCCAAUUGUGAUUUAGUUUUAUCCAAUUAUGGUAAUUGCAGUUUUACAUCAUCAAAGCAUGCAAUUAUUUUCUUUGACGAGAGUACGAAACGUUAUGAAUUAUUAAACUAUAGUGAAUAUGGAACAAUGGUUGAUAAUGUACUAUAUUCUUGUAAUUAUUCUGGAGUGGUAGAGCAAGUAAAAGAAGAAACUGAUGAUAAAACGCAAUUACUAAGUAAAGAACAGGAAACGACAGAAGCAGUGAAAGCUAUUAUAAAGGAAAAAGUUUUGUCUCAAGAACUAACAGAGAGGAAAAAAGUAUUAUGUAAAUGUAAUUUAACAAAAUACGAGACAAAGAAUAAAGAUUGCUUAGAAGAGGGAUGGGAAGGAAGUGCUAUUGUUGCUCAUGGAUCAACAUUAGCAUUUGGAUGUUUAAUGUUUGUAUUUAACACGAUAAAUCCGCAUUUAGAACGGUGAAAUUUUAUAAUGUAAAUAUUCAAUCAUUUCCUUGUACAGAUAUUUUCGUAAGCUAUCAAUAAUUAAAUUAAUGAA